AUGAUUAAGAGGGCAGGCUGCGUGGUGAUAUCUAUCAGAAAGGGGGGUACAAUUUCAAACAACGAUGGAUAUAAAAACACAAUUGUUAAGGCCUUAAUCGAAAAAGUUACCAAAAUUAAGGAGAAAAAUAAAUUUUUUAACUGCAACGGGUAUUACGAUUUUUUAUUUCGUAACUACGCUCUGCAUAUUUGCUUGGACGACUCUUUCAAGCUGUUUUAUUUGCAAAAUAAAGAUGGCUACUUUAGCAAAAAAUUGAUGAGACACGUAUGCUACAUAAUCAGCAAUGCGUCCAUUUAUAGCUUACUAAAAUUUGGAAAGGAAUACAUCAUAAAUCACCUGUCCGAGUGUAACAUUUAUAAGUACAAAUACGUUUUCCAAAAUGAGUACUAUCAUUUUGUGCACAACCUUUUGCUGUUAUGCUGUCUACAGUUAUGCGUGCCGUCCAUUUUGGAAAAGCUCAAUCAGGAAGAACAGCAAAAAAUAAGGUUAAAAAAUUUGCACAAAUUUUGUGAUGCCAUGAAUUAUGUAACACCACAAGGUUUGGAAAGUAAAAGGGAAAAGAACGCACCAUGUGAUGUGCAAUUUUUGUCAAAGGUGUACAACUGCUUCUGUGCCAACCAGAUAAGUCCGUUCCCGUUUGUGAACAAAUUUAUAUACCUACAUUUGUGCGCAAGUUAUUUGGAAUUCCAUUUGGAGAGGCCUACUCUCAGUUCCCUACGUGGAGAAGCCUCUGAGUGGUCCCCAACCAGCUUACACUCACAACGCGAUAAAAGUGAAAACCCUUUACCCAUAUGUCAAAUUAGCGAGAUGCUGUUUUACCUGUCCAAGAGUGACCUGCAUUUUUACUAUGAAUGUUUUAUAAAUAGAUACUUUCACGUCAUACAAACGUACCUGCUUCGCUUGACUGACUCACCAGUAGAGGAUUCACCACUGACGCAUGUCAAUAUUGACAGUGACAUUUCUCACAAGGAAGAAAAAAUUAUAGAUAGGCUAUUAGUAAGCCUAAUAAACUUCUUAUCCUCUUCGUAUGUAAUGGGUAAUAUCGAGGGGAAUAUUUCUCCCAUCAUUUUAUGCACCUACAUCACAUUAGUGCUAUUCAAAAGGUUAUAUGAGAACCAUUUUUCCCAUUUUAACUGGUCGAGUUAUGAUGCACCCAAGAAGGAAAAUGUAAAAAAGGAUGACUUUAUUUUGCUAACGCAGAGGAGUAAGUCUUACUUUCUCAGUUUGUCCUUCGCGAAAAAGUGCUUCCUACUGAUAUAUGUUAUGAACAACCUUGUGCAGAAAUUGCCUGAACGAGUCAUACAAAAGUGGAAUAAAUGGAGUGGAGAAAUGAACAUCACGACGAAAAUAUGUAACACCAAUGAUUCACUUCAACACUGCAUGGGGGGGAUAAUGCCUAAGCGUAACCCCAGGAGCUACAACAAUGCAACAGAUUGUCCACGCAGAGGAGAGCUCCCCCCAAAUAUAGACAAAUGCACACAAAGGAGGGUAAACAGCUUGGAAGAAUUAUUUCCAAACAGGAACUUUAAUUUUCUCAGUAACAAAAAUAACGCAGAUGGGAACUGCAAAAAAUCUGUGCUAGAGAGGAAUUUUUUUUUCUUUUUACAACAGUACAUAAGAAGGCGCUUCCCCCAAUGGGAAUGCACAAGUGGUGGAAGUUCCCCAAUGGCGUUUUUUACCAUCGAUGUAGAAAUACAAAAAAGGGAACAGAGAGGAUGA